AUGCGCUGGUUAUCAUGCACCGUUUCUCCCUGCCCACCCCUUUCCAUCUCCCCCUUCCCUCCUUUCCUUCUCUCUCCUCUCGCUGCUCAAAUUUUGGGGGAGCUUUCAGCAGCGUCUUUCAGGUCUGCCCUCCCCUCUCCCACCCUCCUCCCUCCCUCCCUCCAUCCUCCCUCCCCCCUUCCCUCCCCCCCUCCCUCCCUCCCUCCCUCCCUCCCUCCCUCCCUCCCUCCCUCCCUCCCUCCCUCCCUCCCUCCCUCCCUCCCUCCCUCCCUCCCUCCCUCCCUCCCUCCCUCCCUCCCUCCCUCCCUCCCUCCCUCCCUCCCUCCCUCCCUCCCUCCCUCCCUCCCUCCCUCCCUCCCUCCCUCCCUCCCUCCCUCCCUCCCUCCCUCCCUCCCUCCCUCCCUCUCCCUCCCUCCCUCCCCCUCCCUCUCCCGCUCCCUGCCCCUCUCUCCCCGUUUCACCUUCGCGGAUACUGUCCCUUACGCGAUUGCAGGGUGCUUCAGCAGCAUCCUUGCGGAGACUUCAGCAGCGUUUCAGAGAUUCACCCAUCUUUCCCCCCAUCGUUCAGAGUUUUUAUCGCCUUCCCCCUCCCUCCCUCCUUUCUGCAGCAUCGUUCAGGGUUUCCACUCCUCCCUCCCUCCCUCCCUCCCUCCCUCCCUCCCUCCCUCCCUCCCUCCCUCCCUCCCUCCCUCCCUCCCUCCCUCCCUCCCUCCCUCCCUCCCUCCCUCCCUCCCUCCCUCCCUCCCUCCCUCCCUCCCUCCUUCCCUCCCUGAUCCCUCUUCCUCUCCCCUGUUCACCUUCGCGGACACUGUCCCUUACGCGAUUGCAGGGUGCUUCAGCAGCAUUUUUACAGAGACUUCAGCAGUGUCUCUGAAAAACGGUAUUUUCCCCCCCAUCUUUCAGAAUUUCACCGCCUUCCCCCUCCCUCCCUCCUUUCAGCAGCAUCUUCUAACUAUGCUGGGGAGAUUGUGUGUGGUUCCGCCUUCUAUUCCCCUCCUCCAGCCCCCCACCUCUCCCGGCCCCCCUCUCCCUUCCCGCCUUUCUCUCCUCAUCCCCCUGCUGCUCCUUGCUCCAUUUACCCACCUCACACUCCCCAUUCCUUCUUUGCUUCGACUGGCGGUAGCAGCAGCGGUCGAAGCUAGAGUGCAACAAGCAAAUUGA